UAACACACAUACCUCAUGAUAAUAUAAUAUACGUACAGAAGUUACGUCCUUUUUGUCUUCUUCUUCUUCUAUAUCUAAAAUGCUCAAUUUGGUAAAAUUUGAAAUGAAUUUGUUGGAAGAAAAUGCAUGCGCUUUUCUCUCGCAGGUUCGUCGUUGGCUCCUCUUCUUCUUCGCAGCUAACUAAAUCUCUGAUGAAGAAGAAGCUCGCUUUUUCUCACUCGAGCCAGAGCCGCCAUAUUCUGAGCCAUCUUCCUUCUUCAUCUUUUGUAACCCGCUUUGUUCCAUCUCUUCUGUCGCUGUCGGAGAAAGCUCAUGGGUCCGGAAGUGUGUUGGAAGCUAGAGCUGGGUUCUUCUAUACUCAGCUUCCUCCUCCUAAGCCUUGGGUCUUCACUGGCUUUCAAAAACGUGGAUGGAAGUCUUGGUUUAAUGGAGCUAAUGGCGUUGUCUUCGGACUGAUAAUAGCUAAUGCUGCUGUAUUUACUAUGUGGAAGGUUUACGACCGGGAAUGGAUGAUCAAAAAUUUUGCGCUAUCAUUGAAAAGCUUUAUGACUGGACGUAUACACACGCUGAUAACUUCGGGGUUCAGUAAUGUUGGAACCAGUCAACUCAUCAUGAACAUGAUUGGACUCUACUACUUUGGGACCAGAAUCGCAAGAACACUGGGACCGGUCUACCUUUUGAAGCUGUACAUUGCGGGAUCACUUGCUGGCUCUCUUCUCUUCUUAAGUGCUCAUGCUGUAAUGGCAAUACUCAAGAGCCAAGGAGUUUCCUACAAGGGUCAAUCAAAACCCAUUGGACUGCUGGGUCCACAGGGAUCUGUAUAUGCCAUUGCACUGCUGGAUAUGUGCCUCUACCCCAAAGUUACUACAUACUUUGCGUUUAUUUGCCGAGUACCCGUAAUGCUUGUAAUCUUAUCCUUCGAAAACAAGGUUUUGAAGGUGUUAGAUGGGGAACAGAAGAGAAUCACCGCGGGUAUGAUUCACGCUGUAGGAGGAGCUAUGGUUGCAGCCAUUGCGUGGAGACGUAUUAAGAAAGGUCUAUUCAGCUAUUGAUUGGUUUCAUUACUGGUCCAUCUAUGAGUCCUUGGAUUUGCUGCAAAAGACUCAGUUGAUAUGAUCAUAAUAGUGUUUUUUUUUUUGACUUUGUGAGUCACAAUGAGAUUUUAUUACUA